CGCUUAUCCGCCACUUGCAAAAGAUAAGACAUGUAGGUCGAACAAUCUACUUAAACGCCUGGUUUACGAAGAAAUCAACUUGCUUUACCGAAAACUUAAAUACCACCGCAGCCCGGCAUAUUCUCCUCUCUAGGUUCUCGAAUCACAUCUCCUCACUAGUUUGCUCGGAUCACGUCUCCUCUCUAACAUUAUUCAUUGUAUAGAGAUGACAAGUUUGAGCCAAAUGUCCUCAAAUGCGCUUUUGAGUGCCAGAAGCACUCUCGAGGAGCAGACUCUGUCUUUUGUUGCAGCAGAUAUGGUGUACAUCCUAUUCUGUUCUUUUGGUGUGUUCUUGAUUACCCCUGCUAUUGGAUUGUUUUACGGUGGCACGAUCAGGCGCAAGAACAUUGUCCAGAUACUCUUCCAGUCAUACAUGACAACUUCCGUGAUUGUCAUUUUGUGGUACCUAAUCGGAUAUUCUUUGGCUGUUUCUCCCACAUCUACUUCGAAGUUGUUGGGGGAUUUUAAUAACGCAGCAUUAUACAACGACGAAGCCAAGCCGGUGUCAGAAGGCGGAAACCUUCCUUCUGUGGUGAACUUCUGCUUCAACGUUUUUUUUCCUGUUGCUACAAUGCAAAUUUUUGUUGGUGCAAUUGGUGAAAGAGGUCGCUUCUUACCCUCAAUUGUCGUGGGUAUUAUCUGGACUAUCGUGUGCUACUGUCCUUUCGCAUACUGGGUGUGGGCCCCACAAGGCUGGUUGUAUCAGCUUGGUGCGUUGGACUUUGCCGGAGGCGGUCCUGUUCAUAUUGCUUCUGGUAUUGCUUCUCUUUGUUACUCCUGGUUCUUGGGCCCAAGAGGUCAACCGGGUAAAAGGACUGGCUCGAUCUUCGAGCCAAGGGGACACUCUUCUGUGACGACUUUCAUUGGUGUGACACUUAUUUGGGCUGCUUGGCUUUGUUUCAACUCGGGCACUCUUCUUACAGUCAACGUGAGGACUGGAUAUAUCUUUUUGAACACAAUCCUCGCUUCUUGUUUUGCUUGUGUCGCUUACGCUGGAACUGAUAAAAUCUUGACCGGCAAAUAUUCAUUAAAAGCGGCCUGCGAAGGAACAAUCGUGGGUUUGGUUAAUAUUACCCCAUCAUGUGGUUACUACUGGCCCUGGGCUGCAGCACUUACGUCUAUUAUUAAUGGUGUCUUGUGCAGACUCCUUGUCGGGUUUAAUCACUGGGUUGGAAUUGAUGAUUACAGUGUUUCAGGAGUUGUUCAUGGGUUUGGUGGUAUCAUUGCUGACACAUUGACCGGUAUUUUUGCCUCCAAAACUGUUGCAGGAUACGACGGGGUCACAGAAAUUGAUGGAGGCUGGAUUGAUGGUAAUUUCAAACAAAUUGGGCUCCAAAUAGCUUCUUGGACCUCUGUAGUAGCUUGGACGUUUGUUUUCACGAUGAUUAUCAUGUUUAUUGUUGACAAAAUUCCUGGGUUGCAUCUAAGAGCAACUUCUGAGGCUGAGGAAAUGGGCAUGGACUUGUUUGAAAUGGCUGAGACACUAGACGAGUUUGGUAACGACUACGAGGAUUUCUUCCGUGAGAAUGCAACUAAAUGGAAGGCUAUUCUUCAUCAUUAUGAGGACAGCGUGGAGAUUUUAGAAGGCCAAUCUGUAAGUCAGGGCUCCGUAAAUCAUGUGCAUCUUGUAAACAGGGAAAAGGUGUAACAAAGCAUAUAUAUUUAAAAUACAUCAUUUUGAGGGAA